AUGCAGCUACCUCCGCCUUCAGUUAUCGCAAGCUGGCCGGAGCCCAACUUUGUCGACCCGGUGGUGAGGGGCGAGGCGGGAAUGGUUGUCGGUCUGCUAAUAUCUGUGCUCGUCACCGUCACCUUGGCCAUACGGUUUUAUGCACGCAAAUUUCUUACGCGGGGGUUCGGUCUCGAUGACAUCUUCAUAUUACUCGCAUACCUUCCCGCCACCGCGUUUACCCUAAUUGGCGUCAUUGAAGAAAAAACGUCCCAGGGGAACCGUCACACCUGGGACGUGGAACUAAACCCUCUUGUUACCAUCUUGAAGCUGGCGCUUGCGAAUUCGAUACUCUUCGAAUUGGCGACUAGCUUGACCAAAUUGUCGAUGCUAGCCCUAUUUUACCGGCUUACCACUGCAUCGAGGGACUGGAAGAUGACCAUUAUCGUGUUGACAUCGAUCGUAUUUAUCAGCUUGAACAGCCUGAUCUUCAUCAUGGUUAGCAUAUGCCAAUGCACUCCCCUGUCAGAGUACUGGAGGCUUUCGUUCGAGCCACAAAAUUGCAUCAACCGGAAUGUUCACCUGAUGGCUGCCAGUAUCAUCACUACGGUGACUGACUUUCUUGUUGUGCUCCUGCCCAUCAAGAUAACAACUGGCUUGGAUUUGCCUCCCAAGCAGAGUAGAGUUGUUAUCUGUCUCUUUGGAAUCGGAUUCAUCGCGAGUUCCGUAGGUAUUGCAAGAACCUACUUCACCUGGGUUUUAACUACUGAUUUCGACCUCGUCUGGAAUGCUUGGGCAGUCUGGUUUACCAGCACUGUCGAGUUAAACCUUGAUGUGCGCUUCCAUUCCGGCCACGAAACCAUUCUUCGCCAGCAUCUUACCAGGUAUCUUCGGGUCUCCAUUCAGACCACAUUCAUCCUCAAGUUCCUCGAUGGGUAUCGACUGGGAUGCGAGACCUCUCAAAAGCUCGCCGACUUUAACCACCUUCAUCGACCAUACGUCAACGGGGUCAUUCAUACCGCAGCGCCCGGCGCCUUCCCCCCCCCCUCAUCGCUAUGUCAACCUCAACAAACCGCUACCCCUAAUAUUAUGCUCCCGGCGCAACAACCCGGAGAUGCGACUCGUAUCGAGUUGCGGCUCAUUGGUCUAGCUUCACGAAACGCGUAA